UGUUGAACGUUUGUUGUUGUUUUGAGGUGUUGGCAACUAACUGCAACGAAACCGGUGCCGAUUAGCUAAUGUUCCAUUCCUAACCCAUCGAUUGCCCAUCGAUGGUAUUUGUUAAGUUUUGUAAAACUUUAAUAAAGCAAGAAACUGUACAAUGUUUUGGCACAUAUUUUUACUCGUUUCCGGUAUAAAGCUGCUUUUUAUUCCCGCCUACCGUUCCACAGACUUUGAGGUACACCGUAACUGGUUGGCCCUAACACACAGCUUGCCUCUCUCACGAUGGUAUUACGAGAAAACGAGCGAAUGGACACUCGAUUAUCCACCAUUUUUUGCCUACUUUGAAUGGUUCCUCUCGCAGGUGGCCAAAUCGUUCGAUCCACGAAUGCUGGACGUGAAGAAUCUCAACUAUGCCUCCGAGCAAACAAUUGUCUUCCAAAGGUUCUCGGUCAUUGUGACCGACGUCAUCUACGCACUGGGCGUUCGUCGUUGUCUGCGUGCAUUAACGGCAGGCAAUGGGAAUCCGUCCCGUUCCAUGCUUAUCGGUGGUGCGCUUCUGCUCGGCAAUGCCGGCCUACUCAUGGUAGACCACAUCCACUUCCAGUACAAUGGGUUCCUGUUCGGUGUGCUGCUGCUUAGUAUCGGUGCACUGAUGGAAAACCGACCACUACAGGCAGCAUUAUUGUUUGCGGCGUUGCUGAACUUAAAACAUAUCUUCAUCUACGUGGCCCCCGUUUAUAUGGUUUAUUUGGUACGAUUUUAUUGCCUGCGCGAUUUCACCAUCGGGCAGGCGCUGGUCAAGCUAAUCAAACUCGGUACCAUUGUGCUGGGCGUCUGUUUACUAUCGUUCGGUCCAUUCUACGAACACAUUCCACAGGUCCUUUCCCGGCUGUUUCCCUUCAAGCGUGGCCUGACGCAUGCCUACUGGGCACCUAACUUUUGGGCUCUGUACAAUACCGCCGAUAAAGCGCUAGCCGUAACGCUUGGUAGAGUGACCAAAGUGUCCAGCACUGGUGGAUUGGUACAAACAUUCGAACACACCGUUCUACCAUCAAUAUCUCCCGCAGUAACGUUUGCACUCACAGGUUUGUUUAUGGUUCCGGUUCUUCUUAAACUAUGGACACUGAAAUCAUCCCCAUCGUCGACUGUCCCUCUUGGACGUUGCUUUGUACGGGCAAUCGUUCUAUGUGGUUGCACUUCUUUCCUUUUCGGUUGGCAUGUGCACGAGAAAGCCAUCCUGAUGGUGCUGAUUCCGCUGACAUUGCUUGCCACUGGCAACGCCAGUGAUGCCCGUUGGUCCAUUUUUCUCGCUAUCGUAGCACAUUAUUCAUUGUUUCCGCUGUUGUUUAAACCGGAGCUCACGCUAGUUAAAAUAAGUUUGCAUGUAGUUUAUACCGGCCUAAGUGUACUGUUGCUAAAGCUGCUUCACCGUGGAACAUUCUUUCGGACAGUGGAGUUCCUUUAUUUGGCUGGAUUUCCUGUUCUUUGCACGUACGAAAACGUCGUACAUGGGGCAAUAGGGUUACGGGAUCGGUUACCCUUUUUGCCCCUUCUACUAACCAGUGUGUACUGUGCCGUUGGUGUGUUGUACUUUUGGGUGUCUUACCAACUGUCCUUUCUGCGCACGAAUGGUGGUGAAAUAGUCCCCGAAAAGAAAAAGACUAAGUGAACACGUAGAGGGAACGAGCAAUAAAACAAAAACCAAUGACUGAUAAAUUUACACUUAAA